UUUGUUGGCUUGAUAGCUAACUUCAUACUCAUCUAUUCACCUGGAGAAUUGAUCAGCCUAAUUGACGACCAAAUUCAGCCAGCCUUAUUUUCCAAGGUGCUUGAAAAAGUGCUUAUUCCCUUUGCCAGCCAGGUGUGUGCCAUUCCACCAAGCCUUCCUGUCUCUAGCAAUGGCAAUCUUCCUCAGUCGCCGACCAACUUGCGGUUAGCACGUUCCAACUGGCGUCUCGUCACUACUGCAUUGACUCGCCUCCUUACUGAUCUGCCAGCCGACUCGCAACUCUCUCCUGCAGGCGGAACUAGUGCUGCAUAUGUCUCCUCAUGGGCUCCCUUGUUAGCUAGUCUAUUAGUUGGCCUUGCUAGAGGUCCUGGUGACUGGGGCCUCUUGGCCAUCGAAGCGGCCGUUGCAGAUGAGGAGAUUAAACAUCAAAAUUUGGCGCGAGGAGAGACGGGGGCAAGCAGGUCUGCCAUAGAAGAACGUUUUAUUGAGGUCAACCUUGAGUCAGGUGAGGAGUAUUCAUUUUCAUCAUUUACGCUUGUAGGCAAUUUUCAUCUACUUCCAUUACCCCUGUGA